AUGAAUAUGGAUUUGUUAUCAACAUUACCAGUAUCAAAUCAAUCAUUAACGGUACAAUCUCCAUAUCGAUUAUACAAUUCUGUAGGUAAUUUUAAUUCAAAACAAGCACCAGCACCAGCACCAGCACCAGCACCACCACUAGCACCAUCAACACUAACACCAACACCAACACCAACAACAGAACCUAUUCAAGAUUUAUUUUCUGAUCAUUUCAGUGAUCUAUCUAAAAAUAAUCUAUCAUAUGAUCCACCCAUUGAAUCAGAUCCAUUAUUAAUUUCAAUUGAUUUAUUGAAUUUAUAUAAAUCAGAUUUAGAAUUAAUUAUUAAUGAAUUACGUUUUAUAACAAAAAAAUUACGGGAUAAUGAAAAAGAAUCAUUAAUUAGUUUAGAAUGGAAAUUUGCUGCACGAGUUAUUGAUCGAUUUUGUUUAGUAAUAUUUAGUGUAUGUAAUAUUGUUGUUACAUUUGCUAUAUUAUGCUCUGCACCAAAUUUAAUUGCUUCAUUUAUGCCAUAA